GUUGAAGCUCUCAAUAGAGGCAUCGUUCGUUCCUUCGUUCUUCUCUUUGGAAGAGACUACACCAUGAAGUUCAACAUUGCAAAUCCAACCACUGGCUGCCAGAAGAAGCUCGAGAUCGAUGAUGAUCAGAAGCUACGGGCAUUUUGGGACAAGAGGAUUUCACAAGAGGUCAACGGAGAUGCUCUGGGUGAGGAAUUUAAAGGAUAUGUCUUCAAAAUCACUGGUGGUUGUGACAAACAAGGAUUUCCAAUGAAGCAGGGAGUGCUAACACCUGGCUGUGUUCAUCUUUUGCUCCACAGAGGAACUCCUUGCUUCCGUGGAUACGGAAGGCGCAACGAAGAGCGAAGGAGGAAAUCUGUUCGCGGGUGCAUUGUCAGCCCAGAUCUCUCUGUUCUGAACCUGGUAAUUGUGAAGAAGGGCGAAAGUGAUUUACCAGGACUGACUGAUGUUGAAAAGCCAAGAAUGAGGGGUCCAAAGAGAGCAUCCAAAAUCCGUAAGUUGUUCAACCUGUCUAAGGAAGAUGAUGUGAGGAAGUAUGUCAACACAUACCGUCGAACCUUCACAACAAAAGCUGGGAAAAAGGUAAGCAAAGCUCCAAAGAUUCAGCGACUCGUCACUCCACUGACACUGCAAAGGAAGCGGGCAAGAAUUGCUGAUAAGAAGAAGAGAAUCGCAAAGGCAAAAUCAGAGGCAGCGGAGUAUCAGAAACUUCUUGCCUCCAGAUUGAAGGAGCAGAGGGAACGCCGUAGUGAGAGUUAGGCAAAGAGGAGAUCCAAGCUUUCCAGUGCUGCUAAACAAGCUGCCACUGCAUAGGCCAGCUGCUCUCACAGAUAUGGUGAAGUUUAACCCUCAUGAUAGUUUUGGUAGUGUAUUUUGCCUGCUUGAAUUUUGUACCAUUUUGAGUAUGUACUAUGUAGUUUGUCGCUAUUUGUGACAAUAUAUUCUACUCUUCAUUUUAUCUAUUCGGUGAUUAGUGUGAACAAAAACUAGUUGUUUCAGUUAUUUUAUUGGGAAAACUGCUUGCUUGUUUGU